CGAAAAGCUAAGCGACGACGCCGAAGGCGCAGGCGAAUCAGAAACAGGAUAACGCGCGAACGCUCUUAAGAGCCACCUUGGCUCAAAGAGCGGGGAAAAUAGACUAUGGCUAUAAUUUUCUUUGGGUUAUGCAUCGAAGUCGAGACAGGAUUUGGCAUUCCAGUUCGGCGUGGAGGACUUGAGCUGGCCCAUGGGAUUAGGAACGCAAGUGCGUUAGAUGAUGUUAUGUGCACGCGGCAGCGCCGCUUUCAAGUCUGAUCGCAAACGUGCUUCAUACCGGCAGUACGGAUGUCAGCACUCGUUGUAGUUAGUUGCCACUCUACGGACCAACUCUAUUCAUUUACAAUGCCGCAAUCAGCGCUUGCGAGAAGGGGGCUCAAUGGCAGCGGGCAUUAUUCUUCCUCACGGAGAUGAGACAAGCAAAGCUGGAGCCCGACGUCAUCAGUACCAGUGCUGGAAUCAGCGCGUGUGAAAAAGGGGGGCGCUGGCAGCAUGCACUGUCGCUGCUACGGGAGAUGGGCGGAGCAAUGUUGGAGCUUAAUAUUGUCAGCUACGGUGCUUGCACCAGCGCGUGCGAGAAGGGUGGCCACUGGUGGGAGGCAUUGUUUUUGAUCCGCGAAGUGGAGGUGUCGGGGUUGGAAUUGAAUGUCGUCUGUUGCAGUGCUGGAAUCAGUGCAUGUGAGAAAGGUGGUCAUUGGCAACAGGCGCUGUCACUGCUCAGCCACAUGCGCUCAACGCAGCUGGAGCCAGACGAAAUCAGCUUUAGCGCCGGAAUUAGUGCGUACGAGAAAGGGGGACAGUGGCAGGGGGCGUUAUUCUUGUUCAAGGGAAUGGCGGAAGCCAAAGUGAAGUUGAACGUCGUCAGUCUCAGUGCUGUAGUCAGCGCUUGUGAGAAAGGUGGUGAGUGGCAGCGGGCCGUAGCACUGCUCAGGGAAAUGGGGCAGGCAGUGGUGGAGCUGAACGUUGUCAGCUACAGCGCUGGAAUCAGCGCGUGCGGGAAAGGGAGGCAUUGGUUACAGGCGCUAUCUUUGCUCAUGGAGAUGGGUGAAAAUAUGCUAGAGUCAGACGUAAUCAGUUGCAGUGCUUCAAUGUCCGCAUGCGGGGAAAGCAGCAAGUGGCAGCAAACGCUGUUGCUACUCAGCGAUAUGGGGAAGAAGAAGGUGCAGUCCAACGUGGUCAGCUACGCUUCCGGAAUCAGUGCGUGUGAGAAUGGGGAAGUGCCUUUGCGGUAGCGUGACAA